AAAAAAAAAAGAAAAAAAAAAGCAUCAAGAGGACUACUUCACACUAAAAAAAAAUCUAUAUAUAUAUAUAUAUAUCGAUAUAUAGAUACAUAUAUUCAAGAAACACGCGUCUUUAUUUCGCUGAACAAACACUGCGUUUGCAUCCAUCCUCGUCUCUACGGCAUAUGCUCUAGCCGAUUUCGUAUAUGAGUUUUUCAAUUUGCGUGGCUCAGUGCACAGACUCUUUAGCGGCGACCAUGGACGAUCAAGCCCGGAUCAUGCAGUCCAUCGGCGGCGUCAGUCUGGCCGGCCACUCGGUGCAGGGAGGCAUGCCGCUGCCGCCUCCGCACGGACACGACGGGACGGACGGGGACGGGAGGAAGCAAGACAUCGGCGACAUUCUGCAUCAGAUCAUGACCAUAACCGAUCAGAGCCUGGACGAGGCGCAAGCAAAGAAACAUGGACUGAACUGUCACAGAAUGAAACCAGCACUCUUCAGCGUUCUCUGUGAAAUCAAAGAAAAGACAGGUCUCAGCAUCCGAGGUGCCCAGGAGGAGGACCCUCCGGACCCCCAGCUCAUGCGCUUAGACAACAUGCUGCUGGCGGAGGGAGUGGCAGGGCCGGAGAAGGGCGGAGGAUCCGCGGCAGCUGCGGCGGCGGCCGCAGCCUCGGGAGGGGCGGCCGACAACUCCAUCGAACAUUCUGACUACAGAGCCAAACUCACACAGAUCAGACAGAUCUACCACACAGAGCUCGAGAAAUACGAGCAGGCAUGCAACGAGUUCACCACCCAUGUGAUGAACCUGCUGAGGGAACAGUCUCGCACGCGGCCCAUCUCGCCCAAAGAGAUCGAGCGCAUGGUGGGAAUAAUCCACCGCAAGUUCAGCUCCAUCCAGAUGCAGCUGAAGCAAAGCACCUGCGAGGCUGUCAUGAUCCUGCGCUCCAGAUUCCUUGAUGCCAGGCGAAAAAGGAGAAACUUCAGCAAGCAGGCGACGGAAAUUUUGAAUGAAUAUUUCUACUCGCACCUCAGCAACCCAUACCCGAGCGAGGAGGCUAAGGAGGAACUGGCCAAGAAGUGCAGCAUCACCGUUUCCCAGGGGGUGGGAAGCACCAUCACAGUAUCACAGGUAUCCAACUGGUUCGGCAACAAAAGGAUCCGGUACAAGAAGAACAUCGGCAAGUUUCAGGAAGAGGCCAACCUGUACGCCGCCAAGACGGCCGUGAACGCGGCACACGCUGCAGCCGCUGCGGUGCAGAACAGCCAGGCCAACUCCCCCACCACUCCCAACUCCGGAUUCCAGAUGAAAGAUGAAGAGUUUCAGCUGGAUUCUGCAGAGAGCAAAAACACUCUUUUAAGCAACAUGUUUACUGGUUCUUCGGGUUCUUUUAGCCUCCCAAACACUGGGGACAUGUUCUUGAGCAUGCAGAGUCUGAAUGGGGAUUCUUACCAAGGGGCACAAGUCGGAGCCAAUGUACAGUCGCAGGUGGAUACCCUGCGCCAUGUUAUCAGUCAGACGGCAGGAUACAAUGAUGCUCUAGCAGGAAACACCAUGUAUAGCCCUCAUGUCCUAAAUGCUAAUGGAGGAUGGCAAGAUGCAAGGACUCCAUCUUCUGUGAUCUCUCCGACAGAAGGGCCUGGAAGUGUGCACUCGGACACCUCAAACUGAUUAAUGCAUCUUCCCCUGCAGCGCAGCAUGGACUUCUUCAUUUCCUGUAAAACAGACAAGGACUUAAAAAAAAAAAAAAAAAAAAGAGCAAAAGAGUUUUCCUUAAGAUUUCCGGUGACUGCGGUGCACACGUGCACAUGUCAUCCUCCAUUACGGACACAAAGUGUUUCCUGAUCACUCAGACUUUUUCUUUCAUGAAUCGACUGUAAUCUCCAUGCUUUUGUUGUAGUGGUAAACAUGCAGGCGUACAAAUACAAAGUCUCUCCCCAGAGCCCCCCCUAAACCAAACAUAAUCUUCCAAACUUUCAGGACAAAUAUCUCCAGCUCUGCAACGAAAAUAACCGGAUGACAUUUUAUGACAUUUUAAACACCCGAUCGUUCGAUUGUUGAUUUGAUAGCCGCUCUCCAUUUUGAUAAUUGAGCGCUCUUUCGUUUCCUUCAGUUAAUGCAGCUGUUUCUUUGACUCUAAUGUGCUCGCAGUCUUGUCCGGCGACUCGACAAUGCUUGACACUGACGGCUCAGUGGCAGCUUCGCGGUUACUUCUCAAGAUUUAUUUUUGUCUCACAGCUGUGUACAUGAGUGCGAGAAAAUGACUAUUCAAAGUGUGGAACAUAAAGAAGCGUAAUUGAUUGCUUGACUAAAAACGUGACACGGUUCCAUAUUUUAUAAUUUGACGUUUUGUUGUGUACAUAUGUAAACAUUUCUUUUGUACUGCUUAUGGAAUCAACAAAUCUCCCCUACUGUAGAUCAUUCUGACACGGCCUGCAGGAGCCCGCCCCAUUACGCUGGAAAAGUUGUACAUAAUAUAGCUGAAGAGUAAUUAAAACAUCCGACCAAUCAAUGCGCCACUUUCUUACCUCAUUCAUAAAAACCAGUCAUUUGAAACAUUUCCGUAGCUUAGAGUGCUCACUUACUACCUCUAAACAAUAUCACCAUCAAACCUUUUCUUUUCUUUUCUACUUUUCUGGUCCUUAUUUAAUGGUUUAAUCUACUUAUUUUUGAUUACAUCUCACAACAGUGUAAACUCUUCAUUCCCUAUGUAAUCUAAUGUAUAUUUUAAUCUUUUAAUAAAAUUGCGUUGCUGUACUGCAACUUAAAAUGAAACAAAAAAUAAAAAUAACAAUAUUAACACAAUGGGGGAGGGGGUUGGACAGUCAGGGAAAGGGUGAAGAAAUUCUUGGUUUAAUGGCUUUUAACGAGGGCGGGGGUGACAAACGCCAAACAGUAAAACUGUUGUAAAUACUGAAGAAGAAAAAAAAACAAAAAACAUUUUGAAUGUUGCUCAUCUUGUUACUAAAUCAUUCAGAAAAAAAAAAAAUCACGAUAAAAACUGUAAUGCAUAGAGGUUUCAGUAUUCAGAACUGUACAUUUCCAGCUCUGUUCAACAGGGUGCAAGACUUCUUUUUCUCUCUUUUUUUUCUAUUGUAUGUGAUUCUGAAACUGAAAAAAAAAAAGUCAUGACAAAUAAUUUGUGGCAGUGAUUCUGAUGUAUUAAAGAUGUUUAGUGUUACUUUCUAACCAGACUACACCCUGGACAGAAAAGUCUUCCUUGUGGUAGUUGUGUAAUUUCAAACAUGAAUAAAACUUUUUGCUUUCAUGACA